AACCUCGUCAUCCACUCCUCCCAGGGUCGGAGCGCAGGGGGCGGGGCCCUGGACAGCAAAACAUGGCCACAGGCGUCUACCCUGCAGCCAAUCUAGCUCCGGUAGGGAGUGAGGCCUCGCCCUUGGCGCCGGUUCCGCCAAUAGACAGGUGACCCGCGAGUCUCUUUUGGGUCCCCAUAGCAGCCUGGCGCACUCAGGCUCUCAUUGGCUACGUCUUUGGUAGUGCCGCGCCCAGCGCUCCGACGCUAGCGGCCGUGCCACGUAGACAGCAGCUGAUUGGCCCGCUGGGGUCACGUCAUUGCCCGCGCCUAGUGCGGUCCGAGUARUCUGCCAGCCGCCCACCGCCCGCUAGGUAACUUGUGUUCUUGCGGCCGGAUGCCGGCGUCAGGUUAGGCCAGGCGAACAAAUUGAAACCAGAGUUGGUCAGUCUGACUGGUGAAGGGCGUGGGGCAGGACACAGCGGGUGUAGUUCGUGGCCAGUGUUGGCCAGGCGGGGUGCAGGCACCUUGGAGCCUAGGAUUGACUCCCGUCGCCCACAGGCGAGAUGAAGGCACUGAUCUUGGUAGGCGGCUAUGGAACGCGGCUGAGGCCACUAACGCUGAGUACCCCGAAGCCGCUGGUAGACUUCUGCAAUAAGCCCAUCCUGCUGCAUCAAGUGGAGGCCCUUGCUGCGGCAGGCGUGGAUCACGUGAUCCUGGCUGUGAGCUACAUGUCGCAGGUGCUGGAGAAAGAAAUGAAGACACAGGAGCAGAGGCUGGGAAUCCGAAUCUCCAUGUCUCAUGAAGAGGAGCCUUUGGGGACAGCUGGGCCCCUGGCAUUGGCCCGUGACCUGCUCUCUGAGACUGCAGACCCUUUCUUCGUCCUCAACAGCGACGUGAUCUGUGAUUUCCCCUUCCAAGCCAUGGUGCAAUUCCAUCAGCACCAUGGUCAGGAGGGCUCCAUCCUGGUGACCAAGGUGGAGGAGCCUUCUAAGUACGGUGUGGUGGUAUGUGAGGCUGACACGGGCCGCAUUCACCGGUUUGUGGAGAAGCCACAGGUAUUUGUGUCCAAUAAGAUCAACGCAGGCAUGUACAUCCUGAGCCCUGCAGUGCUGCAACGCAUCCAGCUGCAGCCUACAUCCAUUGAAAAGGAGGUCUUCCCCAUUAUGGCCAAGGAGGGGCAGCUAUAUGCCAUGGAGCUGCAGGGCUUCUGGAUGGAUAUCGGUCAGCCCAAGGAUUUCCUCACUGGCAUGUGUCUCUUCCUUCAGUCACUGAGGCAGAAGCAACCUGAGCGAUUAUGCUCAGGCCCUGGCAUUGUGGGCAAUGUUCUUGUGGAUCCAAGUGCCCGAAUUGGCCAGAACUGCUGCAUUGGUCCCAAUGUGAGCCUGGGUCCUGGUGUGGUGGUGGAGGAUGGCGUGUGCAUCCGGCGGUGCACAGUGCUGCGGGAUGCCCACAUACGUUCCCAUUCCUGGCUUGAGUCAUGCAUCGUGGGCUGGCGCUGCCGUGUGGGCCAGUGGGUGCGUAUGGAGAACGUAACUGUGCUGGGCGAGGAUGUUAUAGUUAACGACGAGCUCUACCUCAACGGAGCCAGUGUGCUGCCCCACAAGUCUAUUGGUGAAUCAGUGCCAGAGCCUCGUAUCAUUAUGUGAGGGGAUGCCUGGGGCUGGCCGAACCCCUAUUUUUCCCCAUCAGCAAGAGGAGCACUGGCUUGACACACAAAAGGCCCUGGACUUGGUGCUAUUUGUCUGGGGAGGAUUGGUUGAGGAUGAAGCUGCUGAACACCUGCCUUCUCACUUGGACAUAAAGUAGCAGAAUCCCUGCUGGGCCACACCCUACAAACCCCACUCCCUUAAAAAGGGCCAGGCCAGGGCUGUAUGGAAUAAUAAUUUAAUGUUUACUGUG